GGUGGAGAGGAAGGUGCACGCCGAGCGCAGGUAGGCAGGUGUGGGAGGAGGCGGAAGAGGCUGACAGGAACGCCCGCCAGUUAGGGGCCCCGCAGGCCCUGGGACGGGCCAACCCGCUUGGCGUCCUAGGACCAGCAAAGGAGCGCUGCGCUGCAGUCUGCGCGACCCCCAACUCAGCCACGGAGCCCCGUGCAAGCUUUCUGUCCUUUCCGCCAAGUCCUUGCCAUUUCGAGGCAUGCCAUCCCGGAAAGCCAGGCACACAGUAGGUGUUCAAUAAAUGCUUAAGGUUACUCAGCGGUCGUUAUGACCUCCCGGUUACGUGCGUUGGGUGGAAGAAUUAAUAAUAUACGAACCUCCGAAUUACCCAAAGAGAAAACUCGAUCCGAGGUCAUCUGUAGUAUACGGUUUUUAGAUGGCUUGGUACAGACCUUUAAAGUUAACAAACAAGAUCUGGGCCAGUCACUUCUGGAUUUGGCCUACGGCCACCUGGGCGUGACGGAGAAGGAGUACUUUGGCUUGCAACAUGGCGACGACCCAGUGGACUCCCCCAGAUGGCUCGAGGCAAGCAAACCUCUCAGGAAGCAGCUGAAAGGAGGUUUCCCCUGUACCCUGCAUUUUCGAGUCAGAUAUUUUAUACCCGAUCCCAACACACUGCAACAGGAGCAAACCAGGCAUCUGUAUUUCUUACAACUGAAGAUGGAUGUUUGCGAAGGAAGGUUGACGUGCCCUCUCAACUCAGCCGUGGUUCUAGCCUCCUAUGCCGUACAAUCUCGUUUUGGAGACUUUAAUCCUUCCAUACACCAUCCAGGCUAUCUUGCCGACAGCCAGUUCAUACCAGAUCAAAAUGAUGACUUUUUAAGCAAGGUGGAGUCGCUCCAUGAGCAGCACAGUGGACUAAAGCAGUCUGAAGCAGAAUCAUGCUACAUCAACAUAGCUCGGACCCUUGACUUCUACGGCGUGGAGCUUCACGGAGGCAGAGAUCUGCACAGUUUAGAUCUAAUGAUCGGGAUUGCUUCUGCGGGCAUUGCAGUGUACCGAAAAUACAUUUGUACGAGUUUCUACCCUUGGGUGAACAUACUCAAAAUUUCUUUCAAAAGAAAAAAGUUCUUCAUACACCAGCGGCAAAAACAGGCUGAAUCCAGGGAACAUAUCGUGGCCUUCAACAUGCUAAAUUACCGAUCUUGCAAAAACUUGUGGAAAUCCUGCGUGGAGCACCAUUCGUUCUUUCAGGCAAAGAAGUUACUACCUCAGGAAAAGAGUGUUCUGUCCCAGUACUGGACUCUAGGCUCCAGGAACCCCAAAAAGUCUCUAAAUAACCAAUACUGCAAAAAGGUGAUCGGAGGGAUGGUGUGGAACCCAACCAUGAGGAGGUCCUUAUCAGUGGAACGGCUAGAAACCAAGAGCCUGCCUUCUCGGUCUCCACCCAUCACCCCCAACUGGAGAAGUCCUCGGCUCCGGCACGAAAUCCGAAAGCCUCGCCAUUCUUCCGCGGACAACCUCGCCAAUGAGAUGACCUACAUCACGGAAACCGAAGAUGUGUUCUAUACCUACAAGGGAUCCCUGUCCCCUAAAGACAGUGAUUCCGAAGUAUCCCAGAACCACAGCCCACACCGAGAGAGUUUGUCUGAAAACAAGCCAACACAAAGCCGCCUGACCCGGCAGUCAUCCAGUUCGGUGUCUCCGUCUUCUAAUGCCCCAGGCUCCUGUUCGCCAGACGGAGUUGACCCGCAGUUCUUAGAAGACUACCACAAGAUGAUCAAAGGGGGCUCCAUCGAGGAUGCCAGCCAGUACUACUGCGACAAGAAUGAUGAAGGUGACGGGUACCUAGUCCUGAUCCGCAUCACACCAGAUGAAGAGGGAAGAUUUGGAUUUAAUCUUAAGGGAGGAGUGGAUCAAAAGAUGCCUCUUGUGGUCUCAAGGAUCAACCCAGAGUCCCCUGCGGACACUUGCAUGCCAAAGCUGAAUGAAGGGGAUCAGAUCGUGCUGAUCAAUGGCCGGGACAUCUCAGAGCACACUCAUGACCAGGUGGUGAUGUUCAUCAAAGCAAGUCGGGAGUCCCACUCGAGAGAACUGGCCCUGGUGAUCAGGAGGAAAGCUGUGCGCUCCCUGGCCGAGAUCAGAUCCGAAGAUGAGCUGAGUCAGCUUUUCCCAGAAACCAUGUUUCCUGUAUAUCCUGAGGGCGGGGACAGUCUGGAGGGAUCCAUGGAACUGCUGAAGAAAGGUCUGGAAAGCGGUACGGUGCUGAUCCAGUUUGAGCAACUCUACAGGAAGAAGCCAGGCUUAGCCGUCACGUGUGCAAAGCUGCCUCAGAAUCUGGAUAAGAACCGAUACAAGGACGUGUUGCCGUAUGACACCACCCGGGUAUUAUUGCAGGGGAACGAAGAUUAUAUUAACGCGAGUUAUGUGAACAUGGAGAUGCCCGCCGCUAACCUUGUAAACAAGUACAUCGCCACUCAGGGACCCCUGCCACACACCUGUGCCCAGUUUUGGCAAGUUGUCUGGGAUCAGAAAUUGUCUCUCGUGGUCAUGCUGACAACGCUCACAGAACGAGGGCGGACCAAAUGUCACCAGUACUGGCCAGAUCCCCCUGACGUCAUGGACCACGGCAUCUUUCACGUCCAGUGUCAAGCAGAGGACUGUACCAUUGCUUACGUGUCCCGAGAAAUGCUAGUUACAAACACUGAGACUGGGGAAGAACACACAGUGACCCAUCUCCAGUAUGUUGCGUGGCCUGACCACGGCGUGCCUGAUGACUCCUCAGACUUCUUGGAGUUUGUGAAGUACGUGAGGUCCCUGAGGGUAGGCGGGGAGCCUGCCCUCGUUCACUGCAGUGCUGGAAUAGGUCGAACAGGUGUGCUGGUCACUAUGGAAACAGCCAUGUGCUUAAUUGAGAGGAACCUGCCUAUUUACCCGCUGGAUAUUGUCCGGAAAAUGAGAGACCAGCGCGCCAUGAUGGUGCAGACAUCAAGCCAAUACAAGUUUGUGUGUGAAGCGAUUCUUCGAGUGUAUGAAGAAGGCUUAGUCCAGAGGCUGGAUCCCAGUUAAGACAGCUGUGAAGCGGCCAUUCCUCCAUCCCUGGGGCAACUUCCUGAAGAAGGGGGCGCCCUUUUCCCUGGAGGCCCCCGGAGAUGCUGGUCACUGUGGGAAGGGAUGAGCUUAUUGGAACUCGGGCACUUUAAAUUCAAAUUUCUGUGGAGAAGAUACCUUGUACAUAGGACCUGCUGACACAGAUAUGCAUGCCGCUGUGACAUCUUUGGGCCCAGAGAGAGAAGCCGCAGGGGAUUUCCAACUGGGAACUGUGUUUCUCCCUCCAACAUCACCGCUCCCCAUCAGCCAUCCUCAAGCAGUGAGAGGGGACGCCAUCAGUACUGUUGACUCUCCUCUCGCCAGAAACCAAUGUGGCUACUUGUGGUUGCUCAGGUGUUUUGUGUGUUGAUCUGUGUGGGACUGACUCCAAGGGCCGAACUUCCUUGGCAAUUGGUGGCCAUUACCCCUGACACCAGGGGAAACUCAGAUGAAUGUACCAUAGGCAGGGCACAAGGGACUCCAGGCUGGAGGAUGAGCAGGGUCUAUUCUGCCUUCCAUCCCUCUGCCUCAUCUCCACCCCUUCUGAGCUCGUGUUCCAAAGCACCCCAUUCCCCGACCCCCGAAUUCCUUUCUUCAGGAUCACCCCCAGUGCCUGAACCGGUUUCGUAAUGUAUGUUCAGGUGGCUUCUCGGCUGAGACUGGGAAGUGGCCUCUGCCUAACGCCGAGUCUUAGCUUUAGAAGCAGGCGAGCCUCUGCUCACCCUUACUGUUACUCAGACGCUGUGACUGGAAUCGCCGACUACUGAAUCUCUAUGUGGAUUGCUGCUACUUCAAGCUCUCACACUUGAAACAAGACGAUUUUCCUGGGGACGGGAGGGACGGGAAGCAUCCAGAUAUCCAAAUAGCAUCCAGAAUUUUUGAACCCUUCUGAGAAAAGAACUUGUAGUAAGUGACCAUAAGAAACACUGCUUCUUGAGGGUGGCGUGUGUGUGCGUGUGUGAUGGGUGACCUUUCUCAGGAUUCCUGACUUGAUUCAAAUUACUGUUGAGUUUAUGUAAAGAAUGAAUCUCUGUACAGAACAAAUGUGUGCAUUCAUCCUUAGUUACAAUGGUCUCCAUUUCAUUUCAAAGGAGAGAAUCAGACUAUCUGAAUAUAAACACAAUUUGAUGUUAAUUUAUUCUAAGUACUCUGGGAUGUUGAUUGUCCUCAAGAAUUCUGCUUUUGUGAAUACCAUGGUUAAAAAAAAAUUUUUUUUUAAUUUUUGGCAGGAUUGUAGCGAAUUAUUAUUUAAGGAAAAAUAAAUUACAUGUAUGCUUUAA